GGAAGACAAACAGCUACCUAUGUACGUCACUGUCGUAAAGAAAGCACCAGCGUGGCUGGAUCGCUUUACGGCAUUUGAAAUUGUUUAGACAUGGCAUCCUCUUUGAUUUGCGGCGAAACUCACAGUAGGGUGAGUUCAGUGCUAAACAGAGAUGUGAAGCAGUAUGGAAAGAAAUAUUUGUUUGACCGCAAUGAAGAGACGUGCUGGAACUCAGACCAGGGUGAAUGUCAAUGGGUGUGUCUGGAGUUCCCCCAAUCUGUCAAGGUGUCCGAGUUAAAGGUCCAGUUCCAGGGAGGCUUCUCCGCAAAAACGUGCAGACUAGACGGUUGUCCAAAAGAUGGAGCCUUUACAGAGAUCAGCCAUUUUUAUCCAGAGGACGACAACUCUCUUCAGAGCUUUCCCAUACAGGAGGCCCCCGCAGUGGACAAAGUAAAAAUAAUGUUUGAGAAUAGUGCCGACUUUUUUGGGAGAAUUAUUGUUUAUUCCUUGGAUGUCCUGGGGGAAAAAGCCUCAUGACCAUUUUUUUUUUUUUUUUUU